AUGAGAGUUAUCCUGGCGCCCGAGGGUUCCGAGGUGAACGGAAAGGAGGUCAAGAGGGCAAAGGUGGCUGGAGAGUGGACUUCUGGCAUUAUAUGUGGGCCCAUGGAGAUGGGCUGGCCUGGCGACGCUUCGCGGGCGAUUGUCCUGGGCGACUCCUUCGAGGUCGGCGACUUCGCCCCGGCUGCUCCUGGAGGGGGGCGUGCCGGCGCGGCGCCGCGGGCGGAGGGCGGCGGGGCAGAGGCGCCCCCGCCCUGGAGGGCCCGGGCCGAUGCUGCCGGAGCCUCCGCCGUGGUCGGAGCUGGCGAGGUGGGCUCCGGAGAGGAGCGCGGCGAGGAGGAGCGCGGCGAGGGAGGGGGCAGCAGGACGGCGCCGGGGCAGGCCAGGUCGCCCGAGAUCGACGGGGGCAGUGCUGGCGAGGAGAGUGCCGGCGACGGGUCGGACGGCGGUGGCGUGGAGAGGGGAAGGGCCAGCAAGGGCAGGAGGAGGUAG